GAACCGCGCCACGACCGCUACCAAUAAUUUCCCUCCUACACAAUGGGCAUCAAAGGUCUUACCAGUCUCCUUGUCGAGCAUGCACCAAAGUCCAUUGAGGAACAUGACAUCAAGACCCUGUUCGGUCGCAAGGUCGCAAUCGACGCGUCCAUGUCCAUCUACCAGUUCUUGAUUGCCGUCCGCCAGAAGGAUGGGGAGCUCCUCACGAAUGACGCGGGUGAGACGACGAGUCACCUCAUGGGUUUCUUCUACCGUACAAUACGUAUGGUAGAGAACGGCAUCAAGCCUAUGUAUGUGUUUGAUGGCAAGCCGCCAGAAUUGAAAGCUGGAGUGCUGUCCAAGCGUCUGGCCAAGAGAGAGGAAGCCAAGGCGGAAGGAGAGGAAGCCAAGGAGACAGGUACGGCGGAGGAGGUCGAUCGGUUCUCGAGACGAACAGUCAAGGUCACGCGAGAACACAAUGAGGAGUGUAGGAGGCUCCUUCACGUCAUGGGCAUCCCAUUUGUUGUGGCUCCGUCAGAAGCCGAAGCGCAGUGUGCUGAACUAGCUCGUGGUGGCAAGGUAUACGCUGCGGGUUCGGAAGACAUGGACACGCUGACAUUCGGCGCCCCGGUCCUCUAUCGCCAUCUAACUUUCUCUGAAGCGAGAAAGCAACCUAUCAGCGAGAUCCAUCUGGACAAAGCCCUCGAGGGACUGAAUAUGAACAUGUCACAGUUCAUCGAACUCUGCAUACUCCUCGGGUGUGACUACCUUGAGCCGAUCAAGGGCGUCGGGCCUAAGUCCGCUCUCAAGCUUAUUAGAGAACAUGGCAGCCUCGGCGCCGUCAUUGAACAUUUGAAAGAGAAGGCGACGGCAAAGGAAGGGGCAGAAGAAGAUGGCAAGAAGAAAAAGGGUGGCAUCUCUGUUCCGGAAGAGUGGCCUUGGGAGGAAGCUAAGAAGUUCUUUGAGCACCCAGACGUGACCCCUGCAGACGAGAUUGAGGUUGAAUGGAAGAGCCCGGACGUUGAAGGGCUCGUGCAGUUCUUAGUGACUGAGAAGGGCUUCAACGAGGAGCGCGUGCGCAAGGGCGCGGAAAAACUCGCCAAGUUCCUCAAUGCGAAGCAGCAGGGCCGCCUCGAUGGUUUCUUCUCUACGAAGGCGAAAGGCUCCCCGAUAAAAAAGGGUAAGGAUGAAGAGAAGGGUAAGGGAAAAGGGAAAGGAACGAAGCGAAAGAGCGACGCACAAGAGAAGGAGGCAGGAGGCAGUAAGAGGUCAAAGACUAAGAAGUGAUAGGAGAGGUCAUUCUAUCUGGUUGAUAUCGUGGUCGACUUUGGUUUCAUCUAUGCCUUCUCACCUACCUUACCCUCUUGCCAUACUGUGUAUAUGUACGACUGUAGCUGUAGAUAACCCAUAUGGGACAUCCUCCCCCACAAACAAGAAAGCUUUGCCUGUUAGAAC